AUGCUAAAUGAAACCUCCUCACCAUCUUCAUCUUCUUCUCCAGAAUCACCCCCCUACUUCAACAUCUCAUCAGACACAGAACCUUCUGACCCCUCAUCUCCCACUCUGGCCCAACUUCAAACUCAUACUUUGGCCUCACAACAGCCAACACAAACCCCGCCUGAACCUGAAGUCACCUCACCACCCGCAGAACAACCAAACCCACCAUCAUCUGACCUUCAACCUUCUGAACUAAAUACCUCUGACACACCCCCACCAAACACAUCCGCUGAACCACAAACUCUCAACCUAAGCCCUCCCACUUCUCCACCUCCACCCUCUGAACCACAAAACACCCUGCCAACCCUAGAGGAGGCAAUAGUGUUGUUUGCAGGAGCCUCAGUUGACAAGGUCAAGUCUCUGACCAUCAACUCUGGCAUCAAUGAUGAUCCUUCAGCUGUUAGGACACGCUGGAACAUAGUUAUUGCCAGAGAAGCUGAGGAGCAAGCCAGAAAGGAAGCAGAAGAAAAAGCAAGGCAAGAGGAAAUUCAAAGACUCAAGGAAGCUGAAAUCAAAGCUCUAACUGACACUGUUGCUGCUGAAGCUAAAGCUAAAGCCGCUGCUGAAGCUGAAGCUCGUCAUGCUGAAGAAUCUGCCAGCAGGGUAGAACCGGAUGCUCUGACUCAUGGGGAGUCUUCCACCUUUGUCCCUCUGGUUCUCAAGACUCUUGAAGAUCUUCAGAAGGAGCAGAAAGAAGUCUGA